CAGUCCUGGCGCGGGGGCACAUCAGUAAUGGCGGCAGCCCCGCCGGCACUGCUCGCCUGGGCCGGCAGGACGAGAAGGAAGGGGGAAAAGAGGGAGCUUCUUUCAACUCUCCUCUCUACGUGGAAACAGCGCAGAGCAGGACUCCCGAGACACGCCGGCACCGCGACCGGAGCGGGGCGGUGCUGCUGCCGGCCCUGCCCUUCCCGCUGUGGGCGGUGGCGGCGGCCAUUGGCCAAGGCCGGUUCCGACAUGGCGGCGAGCGCGGUGUCUAACCCGUCCCAGCUCCUGCCACUCGAACUUGUGGACAAGUGCAUCGGUUCACGCAUUCACAUCGUGAUGAAGAGCGACAAAGAAAUCGUUGGGACACUUCUAGGAUUUGAUGACUUCGUCAAUAUGGUGCUGGAAGAUGUUACAGAAUUUGAGAUCACACCUGAGGGCAGAAGAAUCACAAAGCUGGACCAGAUUCUGCUCAAUGGAAAUAACAUAACUAUGCUGGUUCCUGGAGGAGAAGGACCUGAAAAAUCCAAGUGCUUAAUCAUACUGCACUGUCUUCCUGUGGACGCUGAUCUUCUCCAGAAUGCUAUUCAGGGUGCUACCACAUUACUGAUUAAAAAGAGUGGCCUUCAGCAGCCGUUAACUGCAAAGUGAUUUGGCAAGUCCUGCUGUCACCUGUAUUCCGCUGGCAUUCCAUUUGGUGAAGAACUUGAUGUGGCAGCAGCCCCUGCACAGGAAGAGGAAAGCACAGGUUAUAAGGAUUUAUAAAUAAGUAGAUAAAAUGUUUUUCCAUUCAGUAA